AAUGAAGUGAUGGAUCUUGAUAAGCUUGAAAGAGAGCUGUUCAGCAAAGUUCAGACAAUCGAUUACUACACCACUGUUCUAAAAAUCAAAGGGCUAGAAGAUAUGCCAACCGGAUUUUAUUACUUUGGUGAAUAUAUGGACGAUCCAACAACAAUUGGACAUCCAGUUGCAGUGCAGAAAUUCUAUGCUGACACAGACAUUUUCUUGUUCUGGUCUUAUGGAAACUCGGUUGACAUUAAGGGACCAACUGUCACUGAUCUUGCAACCAAAGUAGUUAAAAACAUGGGGGCAGAAGUUGAGAAGGUGGUUCUACAAAGAAGAUUUCAAUAUUUUCCUCAUGUUAGUAGCGAAGAUAUGAAGGAUGGAUUCUAUCAGAAAUUGGAAGCUGAACUUCAAGGUCUGCAUAACACUUACUAUGUAGGUGGACUCAUGGCAUUUGAGCUUACAGAGAGAAAUUCAUCUUAUGCCAUGGCACUAAUCUGCAAACACUUUGCAAAUAACGAUCCUUUGCCAGUGUUUCCAUAUGUCAAGAGUCUGUUUCCGUUGCAAUCGGAUCGCUGGGACAGAAAACCACAAGAACUAGGGGAGUAUCCAGGUGUCGAGUUCCCUGAUCUAUCUACCCUUACGGGCUACUUGAAACACUGGGGAACACAUAAACUCACACAAAACACAACGCUUUACACUUGGAUUAAUGAAGAAGGGGCAGUGGUAUGCCAGAGAACUUAUGCAGAACUUCUUGUCAACGCUUCUUGCAUUGCUCAUAAGCUAUUAACCAGUCAAAAACCAGUUAUCAAGCCUGGUGACAGGGUCCUCCUAGUCCAUGUACCAGGCCUGGAAUUUGUUGAUGCAUUCUUCGGCUGCUUAAUAGCUAAAGUCUUACCAGUCCCAGUUCUUCCACCAGAUCCGCUACAAAGAGGUGGGCAAGCACUUCUGAAGAUUGAAAACAUUGCCAAGUCUUGUAAUGCAGUGGCAAUUUUAUCUACCCGUCUUUAUCACACAGCAGUUCGAGCAGGUUCUGUGAAGAGUUUGAUCUCACUGACAGUAAAAAAGGGGAAAUCUUCUGCUCGCUGGCCUAAUCUUCUGUGGUUAUACACAGAUUCUUGGACAAAGAACUCCAAAGAUUCUCUUCCAGAAAAUAUGAGUUAUCAAUCUGACUCUCAUCCUGAUGAUCUGUGUUUUCUGCAAUUUACAUCAGGAUCUACCGGUGAUGCUAAAGGUGUCAUGAUAACUCAUGGUGGGCUCAUUCACAAUGUGAAGUUGAUGAGAAGGAGGUACAAGAGCACCUCAAAGACAGUAUUAGUAAGUUGGCUUCCACAGUAUCAUGACAUGGGGCUAAUCGGUGGACUUUUUACUGCUCUAGUUAGUGGUGGAUCUGCAAUUCUGUUUUCACCAAUGACCUUCAUCAAGAAACCACUCUUAUGGCUUCACAUCAUGAGCAAAUACAAGGCUACUCAUAGUGCUGGUCCCAACUUUGCUUUCGAGCUAGUUGUUCGAAGACUUGAGACAGAAAAGGAAAAACUACAUAAUUAUGAGCUCUCUUCCAUGAUUUUCCUAAUGGUUGCUGCUGAACCAGUGAGGCAGAAAACCCUGAAAAGAUUUGUUGAGCUCACUCGUCCAUUUGGCCUUUCUCAAGAGGUGAUGGCACCUGGUUAUGGCUUGGCAGAGAAUUGUGUCUUCGUCAGUUGUGCAUAUGGGGAAAGUAAGCCAAUCUUGAUUGAUUGGCAAGGAAGAGUUUGUUGUGGUUAUGCCUAUUCAGAUGAUGCAGAUGUUGAUAUCAGAAUAGUUGAUCCAGAGACUGGUGAAGAGUUACAAGAAGUUGGAAAGGAAGGAGAGAUAUGGAUUAGUAGCCCGAGUGCUGGAGUUGGGUACUGGGGAAGGGAAGAACACAGCCAAAGAACUUUUAGAAAUGUGCUUAAAAAUCAUCCUGGAAGAAUAUACACUAGUACUGGAGACUUGGGAAGAAUUAUUGAUGGGAAAUUGUUCAUUACUGGAAGAAUCAAGGAUCUAAUCAUUGUAGCAGGACGAAACAUUUACUCGGCAGACGUAGAAAAGACGGUUGAAAGUGCAUCGGAACUUCUACGCCCAGGUUGUUGUGCAGUGGUUGGUGUUCCAGAAGAAGUCUUGUCAGCAAAAGGGAUUUCAGUUCCGGAUGGUUCUGAUCAGGUUGGCUUGGUUGUAAUUGCGGAAGUUAGAGAUGGUAAACCAGUUGAUAAAGAUGUUGUUGAAGACAUUAAAACCCGAGUUACAGAGGAACAUGGUGUUUCUGUGGCUUGUGUCAAGUUGAUCAAGCCAAGAACCAUUAGCAAAACAACAUCAGGUAAAAUCAAGAGAUUUGAAUGCCUCAAGAAUUUUACCGAUGGAACUCUGAAUGUUGUGCCAGACCCAAUUUUGUCAAAAAGAGCAUUGGUUCGGUCAUUCACCACAGGAACAUGUAAGGAAGGAAGAACACCCCGACAACAGCUACUGAGCUCUCCCAUACUGACACCUAAAUUGGGAAACAAAGAAAUUGUAGAGUUUCUAAAAGUGCUCAUUUCUGAGCAAACGGGAAUUCCUGUCAAGAACAUCUCCACAACAGAGAAUCUAGUAGCUUAUGGAAUUGACUCAAUAGGUGUAGUUAGAGCAGCUCAAAAACUUUCAGAUUUCCUUGGAGUACCAGUUGGAGCAGUGGAUAUCUUCACGGCCACUUGCAUUGCAGAAUUGGCAAGCUUUUCAGAAAAUCUUGUGAUGAAGUCUGAACCUCAUCUAAUGAACUCUUCAUCGCAUCUUCCGGAACCUGAUAUUGAUUCUAUUGAUCUGGUAACUGAAAUUUCCAAGACUCACCAAAUCUUUAUUUGGAUUUUACAAUUUCUUGCUCUCAUUUAUGUUUCAAUCAUGCUAAGCUUUCCUGCUUAUUUAUCAAUUUCUGGUUUUACAACCUUGACCUCAACCGACCAUGCAUCAAUAGAUAAAAUUCACUGGUCAAGUUAUUUAAUUCCUUUGGCCUCAGCUCCUCUUGCUUGGAUAUUUUGCAUGGUUUCUACCUGUGCUCCUCUUGCUUGGAUAUUUUGCAUGGUUUCUACCUGUAUUUGUAUUGCUUUCCUUGGAAAUUCUUUCUUGAGACCAAACUAUGCCCUGAACCCAGAUAUCUCCAUCUGGUCAGUAGAUUUUGUGAAGUGGUGGGCGCUUUAUAAGGUUCAGGAAAUUUCUUCAAAAGUUUUUGCAGAACAUUUGAGAGGAACACCAUUCCUUAAUUAUUGGUUUGAGAUGCUUGGAGCCAAGAUUGGGUCAUCAGUUGUACUAGAUACUACUGCCAUAACAGACCCAUCUCUGGUUUCUAUCGGAGAUGGAGCUGUCAUUGCAGAAGGGGCAUUGAUUCAAGCCCAUGAGGUGAAGAAUGGAAUCUUAAGCUUCCUCCCAAUUAGAAUCGGACGAAAUUCUUCAGUUGGUCCAUAUGCUGUAAUCCAGAAAGGAAAUGUUUUGGGAGAAGAUGCACAUGUACCACCCCUGCAAAAGUGUGAAGGAGGCAAGGUUGCAUUUAAUUCUAGCAAGGUUCGUAAUAUUCAAAAGGUAAAUUCUUUCAGGUUAUUGAUUUUAUAUAAUCACCCAUAA